AACAGAGGGUGAAGUCAUUGAUCCAUCCACUGAAGGAAUGACCCAGCUUAUAAAUGAUUCAUCAAAACCUAAAUCUGUUGAGUCAAAUGAAUAUUCUCGUGCUUCCAAUGAGUUGACGGAAUCAGAACCAGCUGAAAAUGAAGUUCAAUCACCUAUCAGAGGGGCCUCCAAAUCCAGAGCUAAGAAAAGCAGCAUGAAAGAUCAAAAGUGCAUUGUUUUUGCAUCCACUAAAAGAAGUAGCAGAUCAAAGCAAAGGGCAACCAGAGGUGGGUACUGGAAAGUGACCAGUAAGGAUCAAGAAAUCUUGUUUGAAGCGAGCUUGAUUGGAAAGAAAAAGAUUUCGAUAUAUUCUAUGAGGGGCUUACUCCAAACGACAAAAAACUGA